GGGCGCGCUUCCCCCGGCUCCGCCGGCACCCACGGGCGCCCAUGGAACAGCGGGGCGAGCGCUGCCCCACGGCCCCGCGCCCCGGCGCAAAGUUUCUGCUUGAGAAAUACACAUUCACUCAGCAAAACAAAAACAGCUUUUAAAGGUUGUUCUCGGUGGAAAUCGCUCUAUGCCCUAUUACCUGCUUGAGUGAAACCAGACUAAGAACUUCUGUCAUGGCAGCUUUUCUGCUGGGAGCUGUGUUGCUUAUUGUUCAACCUCAGAUAGUGCCUUCCAGACCAGCUAUAAAUUCGAGUGCUGAGACUUCUCAGUCUGUUCAGAGAGAGCUUUUAAAGAAAACAUCUCAGAAAAAUGACUUCAAGGAAAACAUUCAUUCUAAUGGAUCAUGUCAGCAGCUGCCACAGACUAUUAUUAUUGGAGUGAGAAAAGGUGGAACAAGAGCUUUGUUAGAGAUGUUGAGUCUCCAUCCAGAUAUUGCAGCAGCAGAAAGUGAAGUUCACUUCUUUGACUGGGAAGAUCAUUACAGAAAUGGAUUGCAGUGGUAUAUUAGUCAAAUGCCAUUCUCUUAUCCCCAUCAGAUCACCGUGGAAAAAACUCCAGCAUAUUUCACAUCACCUAAAGUGCCUGAAAGAGUUUAUAACAUGAACCAAUCAAUGAGACUACUCCUUAUUUUAAGAGACCCAAGUGAAAGAGUACUAUCAGAUUACACCCAAGUGUUUUACAAUCACAUGCAGAAGCACAAGCCGUAUCCAUCCAUUGAACAAUUCCUGAUUAAAGAUGGUGAACUCAAUGUGGACUACAAGGCAAUAAACAGAAGCUUGUACUACAUUCACAUGCAGAACUGGCUGAAGUAUUUUCCUCUUGAUCAUAUCCACAUUGUAGAUGGGGAUAAAUUGAUCAAAGACCCCUUCCCAGAAAUAGAAAAGGUUGAGAGGUUUUUGAAGUUAUCACCACAGAUAAAUGCUUCAAACUUUUAUUUCAAUAAAACUAAAGGCUUCUAUUGCCUAAGGGACAGUGGUAGAGAGCGCUGUUUACAUGAGUCAAAAGGACGAGCGCACCCACAAGUAGAUACCCGGUUACUCGAGAAACUGCAUGAAUAUUUCCGUGAACCCAACAAGAAAUUUUUUGAGCUUGUGGGCAGGACAUUUGAUUGGCACUCAUUUGUGGCAAGUUAGUGGUAAGCUUCAGAACCUAUGUUCCAGUGUACAGUUAGAAAAAUUUAAAAGGGCAUUUAAAGUAUAAUUUAUUUGUAAAAUCCAUAAAUACUUCUGUACAGUAUUAGAUUCACAAUUGCCAUAUAUACUAGUUAUAUUUUUCUACUUGUUAAAUUUGAAAGCAUUUUGUAUUGUUUUUCAUGGUUGUUAACAUUGUGUAUGAUGUGUCUGUAUGAAGAAACUAAAUUAUUUCACUGCAGAAGA